UGCAAGAUGUGGUGUUUUCUGAGAGAACCUGAUUGGACGCGGUGGGCUGUGUGGGGUAGGCUACAGCGCGUUCCUCCGUUAUUUGUAACCCAGCAACUGUCCCAGUGAAUGACCAGUUGAACAAAUCCUAUUAAUGACACCAUUAUUGAACCUGGGGAACUCCGUAGAGAACACAGUCUGCAAUAUUCCUGAAGACGAAGAGUAUCGAGAGGUAUGGCUUUUGACACGCAGAAGCCCCCUCUGCGCAAGCGCGCCAGCACGUCUCCUCCCUCUACCUGAGAACAGCUCACCUGGAUCCAACGAGACGGAAGUUUUGUGAAGGCAGAACAGAGCAAAUCUUUUUGUCUCAUCGAAAAGUUUCUUUGGAACUCAAGCAACAAAUAAAGGAUCUCAAAGCAGGAUGUUAGUCGUCGAGUUUUACAAGAACAAUUUAAAGGGCUUUUCUAACCUAAAUCUGUAGUUCAGCGACUCAUGCUGAAUCUCAGUCCAAAGCCAGCCUGCUCUCCGUUAAAGAAGUAUGACAGCUCUCCGCAGAGUGCUCCGAAGGCGACUGCACCCACUUAAACUGGUGAUAGUGGCCCUUGUCUUUGUCACAUUUGUGUUCUUCAUACAAUGGGAGGUAGGGAGCCAAAGCCAACAGGAGGACCCGUGGCUGAAGGAAAUAGUAGUCAAGCGGGAUGCCUUGCUGGGCAUAGUGCAGGGAGCUGUCAAUAACUUAAGGGAUGCGAUGCCAAAGAUGCAGAUCAGAGCCCCUGUACGGCAGCAGGACAGUGUGUCCUGUCUGCCAGGUCACUACACUGCUGCUGAGCUCAGGCCAGCUCUGGAGCGGCCGCCUCAGAACCCUGUUGCUCCUGGAGCAGCUGGGAAACCUUUCCACACAGACUCACUGAGCCCUGAAGAGCAGAAGGAGAAGGACAGGGGUGAAGAGAAACACUGCUUUAACCUGUAUGCCAGUGACCGCAUCUCCUUGAGCAGAGACCUGGGCGCAGACACGAGACCACCAGAAUGUAUUGAGCAAACCUUCAAGCGAUGCCCCCCCUUGCCGACCACCAGUGUGAUAAUUGUGUUUCACAAUGAGGCUUGGAGCACUCUGCUAAGGACAGUAUACAGUGUCCUCCACACCUCCCCUGCCAUUCUUCUCAAGGAGAUCAUCCUGGUGGAUGACGCCAGCGUGGAUGAUGUACUGAAGGACGAGCUGGAUGCGUAUUUAAAGCGGCUGAGCAUUGUCCGAGUUGUCCGCCAGCGAGAAAGGAAAGGACUCAUCACCGCUCGGCUGCUCGGGGCCUCCGUGGCCACCGGUGACACGCUCACCUUUCUGGACGCCCACUGUGAAUGCUUUAAUGGGUGGCUGGAGCCUCUGCUGGCCAGGAUAGCAGAGAACUACACUGCAGUAGUGAGUCCUGAUAUAACUACUAUUGAUCUCAAUACUUUUGAGUUCAUGAAACCGUCCCCAUAUGGCCAGAACCACAACCGGGGAAACUUUGACUGGGGCCUUUCCUUUGGCUGGGAGAGUCUACCAGAUCAUGAGAAACAAAGGAGGAAGGAUGAAACAUACCCUAUCAAGACUCCCACAUUUGCUGGUGGGCUCUUCUCCAUUUCAAAAGAAUAUUUCUACCAUAUUGGAAGCUAUGAUGAAGAAAUGGAAAUCUGGGGUGGUGAGAAUAUUGAAAUGUCAUUUAGGGUGUGGCAGUGCGGCGGACAGCUGGAGAUCAUGCCUUGUUCCAUUGUCGGUCAUGUUUUCCGCACCAAGAGCCCCCACACCUUUCCCAAGGGUACACAAGUGAUUGCUCGUAAUCAGGUGCGAUUGGCGGAGGUCUGGAUGGACGACUACAAGGAGAUUUUUUACCGUCGUAACCAGCAAGCUGCGCAGUUGGCAAAAGAUUCGGCCUUUGGAGAUAUCUCCAAACGAGUGGACCUCCGUGCGCGGCUGCAGUGUAAGGGCUUCUCAUGGUUUUUGAAGAACGUUUAUCCAGAAGUCUUCAUGCCUGAUCUCAACCCACUCCGCUUUGGCUCAGUGAAAAAUGUCGGCAAAGACUCAUGUCUGGAUGCUGGAGAGAACAAUGAGGGUGGGAAACAGCUGAUCAUGUACCCAUGUCAUGGACUAGGAGGAAACCAGUAUUUUGAGUACUCCACACAUCUUGAAAUUAGACACAACGUUCAGAAGGAGCUAUGUUUGCACGGGGCAGAGGGGGCUGUGAAGCUGGAUGACUGCCAGUAUAAAGGCAGCAACACAUUUGUAGGAGCAGAGCAAAAAUGGGAACUGAAGGAUAACCAGUUGUUCUACAUCCCAGGAUCGAACAUGUGUCUGAGUGCCCGUCAUGAGCAUCCCUCUCUGGCCCUCUGCAACCCCUCAGACAGAUACCAGCUCUGGUCCUUCGUCUGAGUGUGCAAACUACCACUUUACAAAAUAGCCACUCUGUAUGCAGAGGCAUACUAGGACAUAGAGUAUACUAUACUGCAGUUUUUUUUUUUUCAGAUUAAUGACAAGUUUUAAUUUAUUUUUAUACAUAGAAGAACUGAACUGCUGCUGCUGGGAAGUUUGGACUUGUGUACCACUGCUGAAAGGAAGCAUUGAAACAGUGCUCCCAAUCAGACUGAACUGAGAUUCUUGGAACAAUGAAGAUGCACUGUGUUGACAAGUGCCUCUUUUGUGUUUGAGAUGUUUUCACUACUCCAAGUCUUCACAACCAACACGUGCAGGUUUAGGCAUAUAAAGCCAACACUGAACAUUUUCCAGUGAGACUUACGAAUCCGAAACAAAAUCAUACAGAAAAAUACAGUAGAUCAUGUAUGUUAAUAAACAAGGGGUUCAAGUUGGACAAAAAUCCCAAAUGUUGUGCACCAAAGAGACUAAAAGUGAAAACCUGAAACACACAAGUAUGAUGUGCAUUGUCCCUUUUUAAAUAUAUAUUUUGUUUAAUAAUGCAAAACCUUUUUAUUUGCCACCGUCCUGUGCCUUAGAUGUAAUUUUACACUGGGUGGGUGGAGUGGUGGAGGGAUGGUUGAUGGUGGGGUGGGGUUGUUGCAGUUUUCUGUUGAUGCAGAAUAAUGGCUUCUACAGGAUUGGAUUGGAUACACUUUAAUUCAAUUAUUUCAUUAGGUAAUUUUUUUGUCUUCAAACUUUUUUUUUGCAAGACAGAUUUUAUAAUUUCUGUACACUCAGUUGCCAGUUUAUUAGGUACGGCUAGCUAAAACUAACGCAGUCUAAUACAACAGUUCUGCAAUAAAUCCUACCUUCAUGAAGGUUAUUCAUUUUCUGUUUGGACCCUUUUUAGAGAGGUGGUGAUUCAACUUUACUGCAUUAGGUUUAUCUAGCUGUACCUAAUAAACUGGCAACUGAGUGUAGAGACAGUAUGAAUGAAGAAUGAUUAUUUGAAUACCAGUUUGGACCUGCAUUUUGAGAGAAAGUGAGCUAGUCCUUAAACAAACAGUUAGUUUGGCCUUAAGGUGUUCAUUUCAAGUGCUCAUGACAACAGUGAAAUUGACAUUAUUAAUGAAGAUUAAAAGGCAUUUUUAUUUGACCUACAGUCAAUACUUUAUUAACAAACAUGCAUGCAGUCAGAUGUCAUGACUGAUUUUUAAGAUGAAUCAUUCUCUUCUUUUUAUUUGCAGCAAUGUUUACCUGUUGUAUUUUAAAUUUAAUGUUUAUCAAAAGGGAACUUUUAAUGUAAAAUGAAUGCACCGAAGGAACUCUAUUUGUUGAUCAAAUGCCUGAAACGCUGCCUUGACAUUUAAACAGGAGUCAACUAAUGAAUUUCUGGUGCAGGCACUAGUGUUAAGAUGGGUGAGGAACAGAUUGUGUCUAUUUUGUUGUCCAACUGCCUUGGUAUUAAGAGUUCUUAUUUUUAGGUCAAUAAAUUCAGUUGGGUAGUA